GCCCUCUCUCUCUGCAACAGCUCGGUGCUUCACAUCCCAGUGCAGGUGGGGGCAGGGCGCUGGUUAGCUAGGUGCUUAGUUCAGGCUUCUUGCUCCUGGACUCGGAUUUCUGCCGACAGCCCCAAUCCAGCUGGUAGGACUGGAUCUGGGGUGUGGACCAGGGGUGGACCGCUGCCCAGACCUCCCUCUCGGGCCUGCUGCAAGGGGUACGGGGACCCUGCUGGGCGCAGGUGAGGCUAACAGCUGGGGGAGCUGCCCUGGCACCUCAGUUCCUGGCUGGGAAAGGCAAGUCCGACCAGUGGCGGCAGGGCCAGGGCUCCUGGAAUCUGGAUCUGCAUGCCGAGUUGGAGGCACUCCACCCCCAUGUCACCCGGAGAAAAACUGGACCCACUUCCUGACCCCUUCAUCCUGCAGCCGCCAGUCUUCCACCCGGUGAGCAGGCACUCUGGUCUGGAAUCUCCAGGUCUCAGGCCCCCCACCCCCCGACUCCAGCUGGACCCAGGCUCCCAGGUGGUGGGUGGAGAGGCCUUCGGUCUUGGGCCCUGUUCCCCCAGCACCUGCUCAUGAACUCUGGAAGGCCCUCCUGAGCUUAGCAAAGUGGCUGACCAGCUAAUUCCCACUUGGAUGAGAAUGAUGGGGUUCACAGGGUCCUUACAUUUUAAAAGUAAUAGAACCUGAAGUCAGUGCUGUGCUCCUACUGUGUGAUGGGGGGCUAGGCUAGGAGGACCUGGGGCUGCUGAGUAGUAUUGUUGUGGGGGCACUGAGUACCUAGGGUAGACUCAUCCCCAGCCUGGAAGAGAGUCAGAUUGUACCUCCAACUCGGGAAUGGGUGUCCCCCUCACGUCCUCCUCCUGCUCAGUGCUCACAUGGAUUUUCUGAAGUCUGGCCUUGCUUUACAGGAGGCUGAAUGCUCAGGACACUCUGCCCUCCCAUUAAUGAAUGCUAACUAUCACUUUCUCUUGACUUGGCCCCCUCCCCCUGGGAGAGGUGCAUCAGCUCAGUAAUUAUUACAGGCCAGGCCUGGAGCCUGGGAAGUGGGAGGGGCUGAGGUGCUCAGUCUGGCUAAGCUGUGGGCCCUCUGACAGCCGGGAGCUCCAGUACCUCCCCGGGGGCCUGAGUAAUGGGGUGAAGCAGCUCCCCAGGUUACAACCCCUCCUUGCUUUGCAGGCUGCCGAGCUCCCACCUGGAGGGCAGCACUGUUGGGGCUCAGCAUCUUCUAGAUGGUUCGGAGAAUAUGUGAAAGCCAGUCUUGUGUUAUGCCGACGUGUACCUGGGACAUGUUCACAUUCGUUCUGCAAACACCUAUUCAGAGCCCACGCUGUGCCAGGCCAGGCGCUGAGCCCAGAAGGGAAAGACAGGGCUUCAGCUCCGAGUGGCCUGAGCCUCCACGGAAGUAGCCAGCCCCGUGGUCUCCCUGUAAGCCCGCCAACGGCCAAGCUAGCCAUACGAGUGAAGUGUUCUGGGAACACAGGGGAGAGAAGGAAAAACUCAGUCACCAUAGUGGACAGUGCUUGGAGAAGGUGUCAGAGAACCCUGAAAGUCAACUUGGAUCUCACAGGGCCAAGGGAGAGCAGAGGAAGCGGCCCCGAAAGGCAGGGAGUUGUAAACGUGUGUGUUGUGUGUUAGGAAUUCUGCAUAGCUUCUAAGUGGGGAAAGGUGAGCCUGGGCAGGUAAGCCGGGCCAUUGUUGGGUCUCUCUCCAGGCAUCCUUGUCCAGCCUUUCUGCCCGCCCCCCAGUUCCUGGGCUCGAGCCAGUAAACAGUCCUCAGGAUCUCGAUACCAGGCUUCUGGAGGCCAGGGCAAAGUCUCACUGAGGACACUCCUGUGCUCAAGGAGCUGGGGAGAGGGGCAGGGCUGGUGCUGCAAGAGGGCGAUGGAGCUGAACUUGGCUUCUCCAGGGCAAUGUGGCUUUGACAUGUGAGGGUCCCGGAAAGGUGAGAAGGUGGAAGAGAACACUAAUUUUUCCCCCAUAAGGAUGUUUUCUGUUUGGGGCAGGAGAGUGGAAUUUUCUUGUCCUUCUCUCCCCACCCACCCACCUGACAUGGGGCUCCCUUGUAAGACCCAUUCUCCAGCUCCAUGUGGCUAGCUUUCUCCCCUUGUUCAGGUGCUUCCUUAUGUCACGACAAUUUUCGGUGGCCUGCGUGCAGGCAAGAUGGUCAUGCUACAGGGAGCGGUCCCUCUAGAGGCACGCAGGUGGACUUUCAGUGCGGCUGCAGCCUGCAUCCCCGGCCGGAUAUCGCCAUCCACUUCAACCCUCGCUUCCACACCACCAAGCCCCACGUCAUCUGCAACACCCUGCACUUGGAGCGCUGGCAAGCCGAGGCCCGGUGGCCCCACCUGCCCCUGCAGAGAGGAGCCUACUUCCUCAUCCUCUUUCUCUUUGGAAACGAGGAAAUGAAGGUGAGUGUGAACGGACAACACUUUCUUCAUUACUGCUACCGGCUCCCGCUGUCCCGUGUGGACACCCUGGCCAUAUUUGGCGACAUCCUGGUGGAGGCCGUGGGAUUCCUGAACAUCAACCCAUUUGCGGAGGGCAGCAGCGAGUAUCCAGCUGGAUACCCUUUCCUGCUGAAGAGCCCCAGCCUGGAGGUGCCCUGCUCGCGUGCCCUUCCCCGGGGUCUCUGGCCCGGACAGGUCAUCGUACUGCGGGGGCUGGUCUUGCCGGAGCCAAAGGACUUCACACUGAGCCUGCGGGACGAGGCUGCCCACGUGCCUGUGACGCUCAGGGCUUCCUUCGCAGACCGGACUCUGGCCUGGAUCUCGCCCUGGGGGGGCAAGAAGCUGAUCUCGGCCCCCUUCCUCUUCUACCCGCAGCGAUUCUUCGAGGUGCUGCUCCUGUGCCAGGAGGGCGGGCUGAAGCUGGCGCUCAACGGGCUGGGCCUGGGAGCCACCAGCCUGCGCCAGCAGGCCCUGGAGCGGCUGCGGGAGCUCCGGAUCAGUGGCAGCAUCCAGCUCUACUGUGUCCACUACUGAGAAGUGAGCCGGAGACCCCGCCAGGGAAGGGAAGGGCCCGCCCAUGGCCGGUGGCCCUCGGUGUGGCUCCACUCUCCUCCCUGCUUGAACCGCGUGCCGCCACCUGAGUCUGCAGGGGCUUCGGGCCCCACAGCAGAGGGAAGGCACCGGAGCGAGAAGGCUCCCCAAACUCCAUGGCUCCCUCCACCAGGAGCCUGGGACUUGGCUCCCUCCUCCGGCAGGGCCCAGACAGGGGGCAGGUAGAGCAGCCUAACAAGGACACUCGAAGGUCCAGUGGCUGAGGGGCGCCUGGGGGGCUCCUUUGGUUAAGCAUGCGACUCCUGAUUUCAGCUCAGGUCAAGAUCUCAAGGUCAUGAAAUGGAGCCCCGUGUCAGGCUCCGUGCUCAGCAGGGAGUCUGCUUGAGGUUCUCUCUCUUCCUCUCCCUCUGCCCCCACCCAAUGCUCUCUCUCAAAUAAAUAAAUAAAAUCUUUAAAAAAAAAAGAAUACAGUGGCUUAAAGAAUUGAGACAUGCAAAAAAAAAAAAGGGGGGGGUGCCUGGGUGGCUCAGUCGUUAAGCAUCUGCCUUCAGCUCAGGUCAUGAUCCCAGGGUCCUGGGAUCGAGCCCCACAUCGGGCUCCCUGCUCAGCGGGAAGCCUGCUUCUCCCUCUCCCACUCCCCCCGCUUGUGUUCCCUCUCUCGCUGUGUCUCUCUCUGUCAAAUAAAUAAAUAAAAUCUUAAAAAAAAAAAAAAAA